GUCCCUCGGACACAGCGGAUCAAUGAUCACGGAAAGAGCCAAAUAUGUCAGCUCGGUCAUGUGAUCAGCUGUGGCACUGAUGAUCAGUGUGCCCUGAUGAUCAGUGUGGCCCCAGAAGUGCCACCUGUCAGUGUCCAUCAGUGCCAGCAGUCAGUGCUCAUCAGUGCCACAUGCCAGUACCCAUCAGUGGCACAUCAGUGCCACAUAUCAGUACCUACCAGUGCACAUCAAUGCCACAUAUCAGUGCCCAUCUGAGCUGCCUUUCAGUGUCACCCAUCAGUGCCAGUCAGUGCCAGUCAGUCCCACCUAACAGUGCCAGUCAGUGUCGCCUAA